UUAAGAUUCACGUAUAUCAUGAACAUUGAAAACAAAUCUGUGCCUUCUGAAUUUUUUCUGCAUGGACUGACAGACGAUACAGAGCUGGAGUCUCUCAUCUUUGGCCUUUUUCUAGUCAUGUACCUGAUCACAAUCUUUGGAAAUAUUCUUAUAGUGUUGGCUAUCUAUUGUGACUCCCAUCUUCAUACCCCCAUGUACUUAUUUCUCUGUCAUCUGUCUUUUAAUGACAUGUAUUUAGUCAGCAUCACAGUUCCAAAGAUGCUGGUGAACAUACAAACACAGGAUCAGAGGAUCACUUAUGCAGGCUGCCUUAGCCAGGGCUUCUUUGUUGCAGUUUGUACCAUCUUUGAGUGUUUUCUGCUUGGAGUAAUGGCCUAUGACCGCUAUGUAGCCAUUUGUUACCCUCUAAGAUACACAGUACUGAUGAACCCCUGCUUUUGUAUUAUUCUAGUUCUUAUCUCUCUAUUCAUUAGCAUUGUGAAUGGUCUGUUGCAUAGUCUGAUGAUGCUGCACUUGUCCUUUUGCACUGACCUGGAAAUCUUCCACUUCUUCUGUGAAAUCGCACAAGUCAUCAAACUGGCCUGUUCUGACAGCCUCAUUAACAAUAUCCUGAUAUUUGCUACGGCUUCUAUUUUUGCUGGCAUACCUCUGUUUGAAAUAAUUUUCUCGUAUAUUCACAUUGUAUCUACAGUAUUGAAAAUGCCAUCAUCAGAAGGAAAAUACAAAGCCUUUUCCACUUGUGGGUCUCAUUUGUCAGUUGUUUGCUUGUUCUAUGGGACAGGUUUUGGUGUAUACAUUACCUCAAAGGUAAUUGAUUCACCCAGGGAGACCGCAGUGGCUUCAGUGAUGUACUCCAUAGUUCCUCCAAUGAUGAAUCCCUUUAUCUAUAGUUUGAGGAACAGGGAUAUGAAGGAGGCAUUGAAGAAAGUUAUUGCUAGAAUAACUUCUCUUCUGUGAU